CACCCCACUUGUAUAAAAAGCUUUCCAUUGUCUGGAGCAGCUGCUGUUUGACUCAACAGAUCAGCAGACAUACGUUCAAAGGUGUUUGAUUUUGUAAUUAUAGGUUAACUGAGGAUCUUCACAGAGACGCAGCAAUGAAUCCCAAAGGGGAUAAGCCGAAGUCGAAGAUUUCGGCUUCCCGCAAGCUCUCCCUUAAAAUGCUGCUCCUCCAAAGAGCGUGUGAGGAUCUGGAGAAGGAGACACAGGAUCGGGAAGAAGAGAAAGGACGCUACCUGAAGGAAAAGGUACCUGCUCUGCAGCUGUCUGGUUUGUCACUAGAUGAGCUCCAGAAACUGUGCAAACAGCUUCAUGAAAAAAUUGACAUUGUGGAUGAAGAGAGGUAUGACUGUGAACAUAAAGUCAGCAAACACAACAAAGAUAUCCACGAACUGAAGCUGAAAGUCCAAGAUCUUGGAGGCAAGUUUAAAAAACCUGCCCUUAGGAAGGUGAGGGUCUCAGCAGAUGAGAUGAUGAGAGCACUGCUGGGCUCCAAACAUAAGGGCUCAAUGGAUCUCAGAGCCAAUCUUAAAUCUGUGAAAAAGGAGGAUGUCAAGCAGGACAAGGUGCUUACCACCGAAGUGGGUGACUGGCGUAAGAAUGUGGAAGCCAUGUCGGGCAUGGAGGGCCGCAAGAAGAUGUUCGAUACCGGCGGUGGAGUGCAGUGAGAUGCUUCAGCCAAUCAGGACAGUCACCUAAAAGCAGAAACAAUAUGUUGUACUUCCCUAAAGACUAACCGGCAUUUUCAGUUUUUUUUCAAUACAAUCCCUCAAAGCAUGAGUAUUCUAACAUGGGUAGAGAUCCAGUAUUUCUUUUUAUUUUUGUUAUGAUACUUGGCAAGCAAUGGGAAACAAAGGAGAGAUGAUGAAAUAAAACAAGAAAUAAAUAAGGAGGGCUAAAGACAGGUGUUCCUUAGAUGCAUCAAGCUUAAAUAGACUUCAGAGACAUGGCAUCUAUGUUUGUCAUAGUUAACUUCGCAAACAAAAUAACGUUUAAAAAUCCUUUCAGGGUUCAUGAAUUUUGGUUUGGGAGGGAUAAGAGAAAUUUUGACUUGAUGUGAAAAAAAAUGUAUCAUUGUUACCUUAAGCUUUGCUGGCAUUCCUGUGCUUCCUGUGUUAUGGGAUUAAGUGACAUUUAUACCCAGGAGUGUCAUUUGAAGUAUGACAGUAACACCAACAAUAGCCUCAUGUUCCUGGCAAAGGUAACCUCAAAUGUUGUGCUGCAUGCUUUUGUGGGUGAGAUGUGAAGCAGUCUGUGUUUAAGCAGCUGAAAAUGUUUUAUCUGGCAUAAAGUCACUAGCAAAAUUAUUAAUACUCCUUGAACAUUUGCACAUUGUGUCACGUAGUAAAUACAAACCUUGAUAUAUUUAAUUGGGAUUUUUUUUUAUGAUAGACCAACAACAACAAGAGCAUAAUUGUGAAGUGGAAAAAAAAGUAACAUGGUUAUCAAAGGUUUUUGCAAAUAAAAAUCUAAAAAAAAGUGUGGUGUGCAUAUAUUUUCAGUCCCUUUAUCGCCCCACAUAUUCGGCAGUGCAAACAAUACCUGUUUGUCUUUAGGUGGCAGUCCUGGUGGAUACAUAUCUCCAAUGACUUGCAAGAAUAUUAAGGUCUACAAUUUGACAUUGAUGUUGUCCAAUAAUUGUGGGUUGCAGUACAGUAAUAUUUUUGUAAAUACAGUAAGUACAGCAAAGCAAAUGUUUUACGAUUAGAAAUGAUACAUUUAUAUUUGAAUCAAAUAUAAACAAGCCAUACCCUUCUCAAUAAUCAACAGGAAAUCCUUUACCAAAUAAUACUGCAUAAUACAUAAUUGCUUUUUGCAUAUCUCCACUGGCAUCCUUGACCAUUCAUCUUUUUUAAUGUGCUCAACGUUUUUGAGGAUGGAAAUCCCUCCACAGAUUCAAGUCUGGAAUCUGGUCUGGCCUCUCCAAAAAUGUUUACAAUUUUGUCGGCAAACCAGUUUUUCAGCACUAAAUGUAAAUGUUUGAACUCAUUCUCAUGUUAAAAUGUCCAUCGUUGUCCAACAUCCACUUUUUCUGCAGACUGCCUGAUGUUGUCAUUGGCUGUCUUGAUGUAGUCCCCUUUUUUCAUGAUCCCAUUUAGUUUUGUUAGGUUUGCUGUCCCUCUGGCUGAAAAGCAACCUUAAGCAUUAUGCAGUACAACCAUGCUAGACUGUUGGGAUAGUGUUCUUGGGGUUGACUGCGUCUCCUUUUUUAAAAAUGAAGACUAAAUUAUUGUGGUCAAACAAUGUAUUUCUUGUUUUAUCUGCCCACUGAAGAGAAAAUCAGACGUAUUCUUGUUUGAUAGAGGAAAUUUAGAAACUUGAGUGUGGAUGGACAGUUCAGACUUCCAAGAGACAAUUAUCAAUACUUAUUUUUGGUUAUGAAGCAUUAAACAAACUAAAAUGAAAGAUUA